AUGGGGCAUAAGAUAGUGUUUUCUGGUGAUACUAAACCAUGCGAUCUGUUAGUUGAACAAGGAAUGGAUGCCGAUCUACUCGUACACGAGGCUACAUUUGAGGAUGAUCAUGAGCGCGAUGCAGCUUUAAAGAAGCACAGCACAAUGAAACAGGCCGUCGAUGUUAGUGUGAGGAUGAAAGCAAGGAGUGUCAUCUUGACUCACUUCAGUGCUCGUUAUCCAAAAGUGCCUGCCUUGCCCGAAUAUCUGGACAAAUUGGGGAAUGUUUCGGUAGCGGUCGACAAUCUAUCAGUUCGUUUUGAUGAUUUGGUACUGCUACCGAAAUUACUCAAAGUAUUCCGUGAGCUGUAUCAAGAGGAAUUAUUCGAAGUGCAACUACGUAUGGAACAGCGAAUAUUAAGGGAACAGUUGGACGAGAAACAAAAACAGGCGGUGAGCAAAGACGUUCAACCAGUGAAAGUAGAGCAGGCAUCCAAACUGACUCGAAAACGGAAAUCAUCUGAAGUGAUCUGA